AAUAAUAAUAAUAAUAAUAAUAAUAAUAAUAAUAAUAAUAAUAAUAAUAAUAAUAAUAAUAAUAAUAAUAAUAAUAAUAAUAAUAAUAAUAAUAAUAAUAAUAAUAAUAAUAAUAAUAAUAAUAAUAAUAAUAAUAAUAAUAAUAAUAAUAAUAAUAAUAAUAAUAAUAAUAAUAAUAAUAAUAAUAAUAAUAAUAAUAAUAAUAAUAAUAAUAAUAAUAAUAAUAAUAAUAAUAAUAAUAAUAAUAAUAAUAAUAAUAAUAAUAAUAAUAAUAAUAAUAAUAAUAAUAAUAAUAAUAAUAAUAAUAAUAAUAAUAAUAAUAAUAAUAAUAAUAAUAAUAAUAAUAAUAAUAAUAAUAAUAAUAAUAAUAAUAAUAAUAAUAAUAAUAAUAAUAAUAAUAAUAAUAAUAAUAAUAAUAAUAAUAAUAAUAAUAAUAAUAAUAAUAAUAAUAAUAAUAAUAAUAAUAAUAAUAAUAAUAAUAAUAAUAAUAAUAAUAAUAAUAAUAAUAAUAAUAAUAAUAAUAAUAAUAAUAAUAAUAAUAAUAAUAAUAAUAAUAAUAAUAAUAAUAAUAAUAAUAAUAAUAAUAAUAAUAAUAAUAAUAAUAAUAAUAAUAAUAAUAAUAAUAAUAAUAAUAAUAAUAAUAAUAAUAAUAAUAAUAAUAAUAAUAAUAAUAAUAAUAAUAAUAAUAAUAAUAAUAAUAAUAAUAAUAAUAAUAAUAAUAAUAAUAAUAAUAAUAAUAAUAAUAAUAAUAAUAAUAAUAAUAAUAAUAAUAAUAAUAAUAAUAAUAAUAAUAAUAAUAAUAAUAAUAAUAAUAAUAAUAAUAAUAAUAAUAAUAAUAAUAAUAAUAAUAAUAAUAAUAAUAAUAAUAAUAAUAAUAAUAAUAAUAAUAAUAAUAAUAAUAAUAAUAAUAAUAAUAAUAAUAAUAAUAAUAAUAAUAAUAAUAAUAAUAAUAAUAAUAAU